UCUUCUAACCACUCAUUUUAAAAAAAAAAAACUAUUUCACCCAUUUACAUUUCUACAAAAUGGGCCAAAUGCAUAACAAACGGAGCCAGCAAAAAAUUCAGAACCUGCUUAACGCACUGGAGAAUAUGACGGGCCGAUACCACACCCACCCUGUCUCCCCAAACCAGUGCACUUCCUCUGUGAUUCAAACGAUAGACGCCCCACUCUCUCUAGUAUGGUCUUUGGUUCGGGAAUUCGACAACCCACAAGCCUACAAGCGGUUCAUCAAGACCUGCAAUAUGAUUGCUGGACAAGGCUGCGCCGGAAGUGUACGGGAGGUCACAGUUAUCUCUGGCCUGCCUGCCGGAAACAGCACGGAAAGGCUGGAUUUUCUUGACGAUAAUUUGCAUGUUAUGGUGUUUAGUAUAAUUGGAGGGGAUCAUAAGCUUGUGAAUUAUCAGUCUACCACUACUUUGCAUGAGGAGAAUACAGGAAAGAGAAGUGGCUGUGGUAGUGGUAGGGACAAGACAGUGGUGAUUGAGUCGUACGUUGCGGAUAUUCCUGUUGAUAGUUGUAAGGAAGAUACUUGCCUGUUUGCUGAUACUAUAAUAGGGUGUAAUCUUAAAUCCCUAGCCAAGAUCACGGAGAAGAUGGCUUGCAGGAUUGUUUCAUCAGAAAUUUAG